UAGAAAAGAAUCUCUGUAAUGUAAGAGACGUUAAUUUAUUAAAUAUUCCAUAACUUUUACAUUAUUAAUAAAUUUUCAAAGAAUAUGAUGAUUGUGUUGUAUACCUGAAAUUCUUAAAAUUAGCUAAAAACUGUUGAAAUUCUGGCGAAGAACUGAUAAUACAUGUCCUUUCCUUUCUUUUCGACCAGAAAUUUACAAUUUUUAAUUUAUUAACAUUAAUUGUUCUACCGUUGUUAUCAUUGAAAACGCCAUUUUGUUUAUACAAAUAUGUUAUCGACGAAGAAGAGUUCAAUAUAUAUUUAGUCGAUAAAGAAGUGAAAGUAUUAAAUAUACUAACGAUACAUCUUUGAGAAAGUAAAGUUGAUUGAAAAUGAAGCGAACGGCUUAAAUUAAUAUAAUAAAUUAAUUGAGAUAUGUGUUCACAUUGAAAAAUAUCAAAUUCAUUGUACGAAUAUGCAAACUUGUUUAGAUCAUAUACAUUGUUGUUAUUAUUGCAAAUAACAUUCUUGUGUUUUUCUGAAUCUUUACUAAUAAUUUUUUGUUCAUUUUGAUUUUUUUCGAAAGAACAGGAUAAAGUAUUUGAUGAUGAUUUCAUUGUUGAAAACCAUUCUUGAUUUGAUUGCGUAGUACUCGACCAUGUCUCAUUACUUUCAUAACAUGUUGUUGAUUCUCGAUGUAAAGUAGUUGAGUUUGUAUUAAAUGAUGAUAGUGUGCAAUAAAAAGGAUAUAUUGAUACGAAAAUGACAACAAAAGUCGUUAAUACUCUUGAUUUUCUUAUGGUACCCCAUGAUUUGUGACCUUGUUCGAUAAAAUGUGAAAUACUAAUUAAGGUUGAAAGGUAAAAAAAAAAUGACAUUCUACAUCUUAUUAGAAUAAACAAGAGAUUUCCAUAUUUAUAUCCUGAACACUCAGGCGAUUAAAAAUUGAAGCAUCAAAUCAAAAUUUUAAAUGCUUUUAAAUUAAUGAAGAAACUUGUAGAAUGUGUAAGUCUCUUCUUGCAACACGUUUAACUGAACUUAAUCAACAACUUGCAACAAUUGUUAAAUUACAAAAAAUGGAAGAUGAAUAUGACAAAAGUUCAGUCCUAUAUUCUAAGCUUUGUGAUUGUCCACAUCACAUAUUAUCCACUGGAGAAAAUAAGAAAAAAAUACCAUGUAAUAUCAACAUUUGCAAAACACGAAAAAGAUGUACUUGCCUUUGUCAAUGCAAUAAAACAAGCAAAUCCUAUAAAAAUGAUGAAAAAAUUAAAGAAAUCUCAAAUACACAAUCAUAUGAUGAUAAAGCCGUAAAGAAUAAUGUACAUAAUACUGAAAUUGGACAGGUCUUUAAUACAACAUUAGAAAAUGUACAGGAUUUAGAAAAAAUAAAAUCUACAAAAAAAGAAAUUAUACAAGAAAGAAUUGACAAUGAUAUAUCUGUAACAAGAAAUCAUUCUAAAAAAUAUGAAUCGUUCUCAAUAGACAUUGAUUAUCAGAAUACAAAACAUGAAAAUGAAAUUAUUCAUAAAACAGAUAAAACAGAAGAUACUUCUGUUUCUAUAGAGGUACCAGUGCAAGACAAUGAUAAAAGUAGAAAACCAGAAGAAAUUAUGAUACUGCCUGAUGACAAUGAUAAAGAUAUUAAUACAGAAGAAAUUAAAAUACUGCCGGAUGAUAAUGAUUUAUCUAACGAAAAAAAACAGAAGAGAGAUUUGGAGGAGAAGUUGCAAAAUGCGAAGCAACAUUUAACAAAGCUGAAAGAAAAUGGAGAACAGCAAGUAUCUUACCUAAAAGAUGCUUUACGAAAAGCUGAGGAGCAACUUGCACAAGCAAAAAAAGAAACCAUUACAAUUACCGCAGAUAGAGACAGAUUAUUACAAACUGUAUCAACACUAAAGGAGGAAAUAAAUAAUGUAAUUGGCAAAAAUGUGUCUUUACAUCGCGAAUGCCAGGAUUUAAAAUGUAAAUUGCAAACAGCUUCUGAAUGUGAAACGAAAACUUGCACAGUUGUUCAAGAUGAAGUUAAUCUUAUAAAAUCUAUAGUUAAACAAAAAGAAGAGAUUUUACAGGCAGAAAUAACUGAAUUAAAAGGAUUGAUUGCAGAACUUACAAAUGUUACAAAAAUACAAGAAAGAAGAAUAUGUGAAUUAACUAACAUUUGUAAAAAACAACAAUGCGGUUUACGUGAUAAAAGUAAAACGAUUAUUGAAAAGGAAUCCAAAAUAUUUGAAAUCCAAUCACUACUAAAGUCAUAUAGUUGCAAAUGCACAGGAAUGCAAAAUGAUAUUCAAAAUUUAGAAUCUACUUUAAAUAAAGAAUCAAAUACAUGUAAUAGUUUAAAAGAGGAGUUAGAACGUUUUAAGGAUGAUUAUAAUUGUAUGUUAAACAUUAAAACAAAAAUUAUAGAAGAACAAGAUGAAACGAUCAAAAAACAGAAACGAUUAUUGCAAGAUAGCGAAAGUAUGGCUCAACAAGCUGCUUCUGAAUUUGAGGAAAUUAGGAACGAACUUAUUCAUGAAAAAGAAACAUGUGAAUCUUUAAGAAUUGCAUUAAUUACUGCAGAAGUUCAAUUAAAUCAAAAAUAUAAUGUGGAAUGCAAGAAAUGUCAAAAUUUAAUUGCAGAAGUGAAUUUGUUAGAUCAACAAAAACAAAAAGCAUUAAUUGCGGCAAAAGAAGCUUUAAGAAAAUUAUGCAUUUCUGUAAGAGAUUACCAAAGGGAAUUGGUCUUUGAAAGACAGAAAUGUAAAUUUUUAACAUUAAAACUGAAGGAAAAGGAAGAUGAAGUUGAAUACAUUAAAAAAGAAUUUGCUUACAAAAAGAAAACAAUUGUGCGCAGAACAAGUGACUUUUUAUCUUAAUAGAUGCAGCUGAAGGUAAUAAAAUUAACAGCAAAUUUUAUAAUGUUUUGCUAUACAAUUUAUUAAAAAGCAAAUUAAUAUAAUCAAUGCUAAAAAUAACUAAAAAUAUGUUAUUAUAUCAUUGCAUGUUACUAUCUCUCCUUCAUUAAUAAUAAAUAUAUUCUAUUGAUAAUACUUUUUACAAAUAUUCAAACACAUUACUCUUCAAAAUUUAUAUUUGAUAUCAAUUAUUUAUAUAUUAACUUAGAUAUUUUUACCCUCAAUUCAAGAAAUAAAAGAUUAAAAUUCUUUUUAUACCAUAAAAUAUUAUAGUCAAAAUGCAAUCUCCAAUUUUUGUCAAGAAAAUAUUUAUAAAAGACAGACAUUUCAUCUGCUGUUAAUGAUGUUUUACCUUGUGCUUUCAAUGUUUCUUGAAACUUAUUGCGUUCCUGAAUUAAAAAAUAUGUUAAUAAAAAUCUUAUUGUUUUCUUAACAUUUAUGAGAAAUAUUCAAUAAUUUUACUUGUACGAAACUCUUGUUAUGUUUUGUCCAGAAUGUUUGAUUCCAAAGCUGUAUAUCCUCUCUAGCUUCUCUGUAUUUUUUCUCCAAUUUAGAUUCAUUAAGUGAUUUUUUAAAAAUAAUAGGUCUCAAAUUCGAAACAGGAUCUGGUUUUCCAAUUUGAUCAAAAUUUACCUCAUUUUGUGCCUUAUCUAUCGAUGAUUUCUAAUGUAAAGCAAAUAAAUUGUGUGACAAAAUAAAUGUAUUACACUUUAUUAUGUAAACAGCAAAGUACUUCAAAUGCUUACUGAACAAAAAGGACGAACUGUUUUGACUGGAUAUUUUCUGAAUAAGAAAGUACAUCUAUUACUCAUUUUUUAUAUUAUUUACACUUGAAUACAUGAGUUUUACAAUUUCCGUAGAAAUAUACUAAAAAACAUUAACACAUGAAAAUUCAUUAUGUCUAUAAAAAUGUUUUAUUACGAAUUCAAAAUGGUGAUUUCUUUGGCAGUUUGUAAUUUAAACUAAUUAGCAUGGAGUAUUUAUAUAUUGAUUAAAAAACAUUAAAAAAGAAUUGUACAUAAAUAUUAAUACUAAUACCUAAGAAAUAUUUAUAAUUAAUGUCAUAUAUGACGUAAUUUUUCAUACGUAUACUUGGGUCGUAAUUACGUAGUACUUUCGACUAACGUAGUCAUGGUAUAGAUUUGAUAUUUAACGCGCGAAAAUUUGAAUGCAUUCAUUUAUUUGUUGUUCAUGUUAAUUUGUGAAGAUCAUUAAUCAAUUUAUCUUAAUGUCAAAAACUAAAAGGUAAUAUUAAAAUUAGAAUUAUAUAUACAAAAGUAAAAUUAACAUAAAUGCUCAACUAUAGUUAAAUCUUGAUUUCAUUUUGCAUUAUUUAU